AUGCAUGAAGCUCCAGCAAAAUCCAACAACAUUGCCUUCAAAUCUGAUGCUGCCAAAGCACAGCUUAUGCUAGACCUAGAGCAGCAGCCAUGCUGUUCUCGACAGAAUCUCAGCUUAUCAAACGAAACAGUUGAGCAACCACAUGAACAACCGCUGCCAGAAGAAACGUUGCCUGAAAAAUCGCUGGAAACAGCGAAGGAACAUACGCAGCGGAAGAAAGUUGAGCGAGUACCAUCGGGUUCUAACAAGAUCGCGGAUGAGCAUAAGUUAGCCCGCCUUGAGUUCAAUGCAGAAAGAUGUAGAUCAAAGAGAUGGCUAGAAACUGAACAACAGAGAGCAGAACGUCUUGCAAAAGUAGCAGAAAGAGCCAAAUUGAGAAGAUCAACUGAAACUGAGGAGCAGCGAUUGCUACGUCUACGUACAUCUGCGGACAGGAAAAGACGACGUGUACAUAACAGUUCAGAGAAUGAAAUUUGUGAAGGCAGCAAACGUAGCUUUACUUCAUGCGGGAAGCGCUCGGGGAAGCAAACCACGGUCAGUACGUGUUUUUGA